AUGGUGGUUCGACAUUCCACUACAACCCAGUUUUCGUUAUAUUCCCAUUUACUCUCACUAACCAAAAUACUAAAUCUUGUACACUGCGAUUCAUGUGUCAAGAUUCCCCAAUACCUUAGCCAGAAGCUGGCUCCAGCAGGUUUCACGUAUGGAAAUAAUGAAAAAGAAUUGAUUCAGCGAUCGAAACCAUGGAAGCAAAUCUCUGGGGGUAGAAGAGUUAUCAGCCCGUUACCAAACUUUAAUUUCGACUUUCCUUUGAAUUCAAAUGCUUUGUCAAAGCCAGUUGCUUCAAUUCAUGCUAGUUUUGUGAAAUCGACAGAUCCCAUCGCCCGAAGUUUUUCACAACUAAAAGGAGUAGUCAGCAGCUUAAGCAAGCUGUACAAGUCAAAGCCAAUUUAUGUGUACUCUUGUGACUAUUUUUGUUUGAAAUUUUAUUCAAAGUAUCAGUACACAGGAUUGAUCAGGAAGACAAAACCAGGAAUACUCUUGAAAACCUAUGGGCACAAUUAUAACUCCUUCAAAGUCCACAAACUAUCCGCCACUUCGUUUACUCGCACUAUGAACCCAUUUGAAUAUGCAAUCCACAGAAGGCGCACUCGUAGUAUCUACAAAAAGCUGUUUAUGGAUAGGUUUCUUGGCAGAGACGGAUUGUAUGAGUUUAUCAUAUUCAAGAUUCCUCAUCAGAAGGAUAUUGCAUACCUAAGGAAUCGAGUAUGUCACUGUCUAAAUGAAGUUAACGACUUAGAUGAGGAGUGCCUCAGGAGUGUAGGCCAGAAGGAAAUUAAAUCCAUUAAUAAAGGGCUUAUAAAUAAACAGUGCAAACUGCUGGGACUGCCUAUUUUGCUCAGAUAG